AUGCCCAAGUUCGUGAGGCGGCAGCCUCUCGCGGAACGUAUCAAGGGCUACCUGAACCCCUACGACUUCCUCCUGUGGCUGUCAGAAGAACUUGAGUCCAAUGGCUGGGAUCAACUGGAAAAAGAAUGGGCUGCACCCAUUGGUAUUGCCUUGAAUGUCAUUUUUGUCAUUGCGAGGGCCAAUUCCAAAUCCAAAUCGACCAGUUAUGAUGAUGUGUUUGGCGAUAUUCCAGGGGUGGCGUGGACAACCUGGCUGGCUACCUUCAUUGUUCACUUCUUGACAUUGUUCUGUACUGUCAAUGCUACCUACACCUUUUGGCGGAAAAGACAUUAUCGUCUGUUCGAAACAUCCGUCGACGACGUGCCGAGCACCCCUUCCGCCAAACGAGUGCGAGUCGAUUCAUCACCGGUCUCCUCCUCUCCACUGCAAUACCUGUCGCGCAUCAUAGGAACAGAGUCAGCUCGGUCAAGGGCACAUCCUGAUCCAACAAGAGACGUCUGGGAAGUCGCAGUCUGGGACCCUUUACCUAUAUCCCUACGCUUGUUCUGCUAUUUCAGUCCUGGCCACAUCCUCGUGUACUGGCUGUUCCUACCUACUCUCCCUUCCGACCCUAGACCUAGCGUCACAAUUGCAACGGCCAUGUUUGUCGCAAUGCUCCUCUCCGCACAGCUUUCCUUGCUUCAGUUAAGCUAUUCCGCUCAGGUCAAAGACUCGGCCUUGAUCUCUAAAGAAGUAUUGCAUGAGUACGACACAAAAUAUGUGAGACCACGAACUCAGCCACUGUAUCGAGAUGUGGGGACUCAGUUCAGUGAACAAGCUUCAUACAGCGCGAGUCGCGACGAAAAGUACAAUAAGGUCGACGUCUAUACACCUAUGGUGGUGAUCAAUCGUGGUUUCAGACCCAAUCCAAAUCCCAACUACGCGCAGUAUACAGAUCCCGACACAGCAAUAGCCAGUACCAAUGUUCGACAACGCCUAACUACCCCGGAUCUCCGUUCACCGAUCCACAAUACCAACCCCGGCACGGCCGUGAGGCCUCUGGGAGGAAUGCGCCAACCAAAUUUUCGACCAACUGCAACUGGGGGCGAGGGUGGAAGUCUUGGUGUAUAUUCUCAUGCUGCAUCUCCUCUUCGGAAAAUGAAACGAAGUGCCAUUUUCUACGCCGACGGUAUCGACGACCGGCAACCGCAGCACGUUGCAGAGCGGAGUGCCGAGGGCAUAUCGAUCUUCGAUGAAGACCAUCGCUCUCAGAGAGGGUUUCACUCCUACAAGGUGAAGACUGUGCCGGAGCUUGAUGCUGUGCACGACGUCUCAAGCCGCUUGGAUCGCCGAAAUCGUGGCUUUUUGGACGAUUACUCGGUUCAAAAGGUCAAAAAAGGCACCGCAGCCACCGCAACCACCGGUUCGGAGAUGCACCGCUUUGUCAACAGCGAUGACUACCUUCUCGCCCGUGGUGCGAACCCCCGAACCGGAGUUGUUACGCCAGGAUCCCACAGCGCUAGUGGCUCCGUUGACCGGAACCAAAAUGACUUGUCUAGGAUUGGGAGCCAAGUACCCUCGAGUCGAUGGCGGCAAAGAGGUGACCAAUGGGUCAGCUUGGGUCUAGAUGAGCCAACGCCCCAGCCAACGUCGUUGAUAGAUGAGCCUUUGGAGCAUCAAUAUCAACCUCUGAGGGUACCACAGAAGCUCGCAACCCAGGAAAACCGGGAUUCAUUGCUUGAUCAUGGGAGAGGUGAAGAUGUGUCUGCGAUCAAUCUAGCCUACGUUCCUGGAGAAAACCCUUAUCUUCAUCAGAAGUCGCUGGGAGUUGAUGUGAAAGAGGAUGUUGGUGUUCAACAAGCCAAUAUACAGGACGGUAUAACCAUCAACAGACCCAUUAAGCGGAAGCCUGUUGGGAGUCCUCCAGCUGGAAACGCAAUUAAUCCAGGAGCGCAUCCUCAGCGAGGGACAAGCGGAAGCACAGACACCGUCCGAAGGAACCCCAUAUUCAGCAGCGAAGUACGGUUCUCCUCUGCGCCUGAUAUUGUGAAGGGACGCUUGUUCCGACCUUACACAAUGGAGAAGACUCUACCAAAGAUUCCGACCUCUAGCUCAGAUACUGCAAGUCAAACUGGGGAGUCUCCUUUUUUAGGAGUUCCACAAGCAGACCAGCAAGUAGACUGCCAAAAUUCAAAAAUCUCAAACAUCUCUGGCCAUCAUACAGUCGAAAAAGAACUACCAUGUCUGCCGACGAACAAUGGCCAAUCCUGGUCGAUCCCGGAGCAGACACCGUACCCGAUUACUCCAGAGGGAGUGAAAGAAACGAGCAUGACGGCAUUUCAGUCCUUGCACAGCGCGCCUCCGAAGGGGCCGAGGGCAAGCGACUUCGUGCAUCCACACGGUCGCAGGAGGAAGCCAAUGUACCCAAUAGCCCCGGAGGCGACGCGCCUCAAACCUAUGGGGGAGAGAGUGAUGCCAAUCCCAGAGUACGACAACCCCCCGAAGCUCCUAUUGCCGUCGACGCAGACCUGUGGUCUCAAAGUCGAAGGACCAAGGGCUCCGCCCCUACGGGGAGUAAAACCUCUAAAUGGAACGAGACAGAACCUCAAUCCACUGUCGAAUAUCACUACCAUGUCCACAGACAUAUCUAUGGAUGCGCGCCGUCUUCAAAGGCCCAGCCGGCCACUUCGACAGCCGCAGCCGCCCGACUAUUGGAUAGCGAGCCAUGGCCAGCAGGCUUUCCACCCGAAACCACUUCCGUUAACUGGCACAGACACCAUCAUGAACAACAACAUGAACCCGAAUGCCGAUGCCUUCAUGCCAGUCCCAAUGCCAAGGAUCAGGCCCAGGGAAGCAGCACGGCCCCCAUUGCUCACAAGGGAGGAGAUGUACUGGGUACCCAGAAUCGUGCCGAUAAGCAAUCAGCCAGAAUCAAGAGACGUAAAAACCCGCCAGAUGUUGAUGUCACAGAGUGUGGAGCCUGGAGCAGGAGAACACGGAUUCGUGACAGAAACGAGCCUGAUGCCAAAACCACUGAAACUACGAUUACAACCCUUCCAAGGGCCCGUCGCGUCGAAGGAUACAAAACCCCAGCACGCAGCAGUGAGCGCGAGCAGCGCCGGCCUGAAGAGGAAAUGCAGCCAUUGCAACCAGGACGUCAAGCUUCUCAAUUCGGAUAGUGUCACCCCUAUGUCCGCCCUCCAGAAGGACGUCGCCAAAGCAAGCGUGGGUACUAAACGUUUGCAUCCAAACAGAAGCCCACUGCCAGAAUUGCGCCAGGAUGUAGCUCCACAACAAAACGCAGAAGCCCAAAAAGAUAUCAUGAGUCACUUGCACGACAACGUCAAUGUCGUCGAUGAACGUGAUCAUACUAUCUGCUGCCCCGAGUGCUGCAAACAAGAUUGUCAUGAAGGUUGUCUCGGACACCCGAGCCCGACAUGGCCAUCUAGUGGUAUGAGCAACCUCUAUUUGGACGCUCAGGGUCCAAUCAGUUCUAGUGAUUUGGAAACGCAAGACCAUUUGGAGAUGGAGAAGCCUCAAGAGAGAGGCAGGUUCACUCGGCUUGCUGACCUCAAACCUGUACUGAAGAGGUCGCAUAAAGAGGAAGAGGUAACCAAGUCUGGUAACUAUAUUCAGGCAGCCUUGUCUAAAGCUGGCGCUAGUGAGUUGACUAUGCACCCACCAACACCUUCGAUGAAAUCUGUUCAUGACUCGGUCAACUGGCUACCUGGUGCAGUGGCAGCAGCCGUGAGCGCCAUGGAGCCACCAUGGCAGAAAAGAAUGAAACAGCCGUUGGCGGCGGCAUUCGGUGCCAUCGAGGUAUCACAACACAGAGUUUCUGCGCCACGCCCAGCUGUCCAUAGAAGGAAAAGAAGUUCAAGCUUACCCAUUAUUGGGACCGGCGUCACUUCACGCCCCAGUAAUAGGGACACUCAAUAUCUCCGCGCCGCAAGCGGUGGCUCUCGGCUCCGCGUUACCACACCUCUCGCCUUCGCAAUGGCCUGCUCCAAGUCAAGUAAGGAUGGCCAUUCGAAAAGCCGCAAUGUCAGUGGUGCGAGCUCCACUACGAUCGAGCUGCAGGUCCCGAAUCUUUUAUCGCUGGGAUCCUAUGGCAGUUGUGUCCUCAUACCACUUCAAGCUGGCCAGAUGUGGAUUCGCAAUCACCCUCAGAUCGUUACCGUUGGGAAGGAAAUGGGUCAGAGAUGCUGGGCAAUGGCGCAACUCAUGACAAAGACGGGGUGGCGUCUAUGGGCGAUGAUGUUUGUAUACUCCAAGACUGGGAAGAUCAAAUUCCAUGUCAGCAAAGGGGAGACGGCCGGUGGAUUUGUACUGGACAUGGGCAGGAGCCUGCUUUACUUGAUCAUCUUUGCUGCAUUGAGCACGCUAGCUAUGCGUGUAUUGGGAAUGGUGGCAGGAUUGCUGGGAAUCAUCGCGUGGAUUGUCCGGACCGUAUUCUGGGUGUUGAAGGGUAUCUUGGGGGUUGCAAAGGUGAAAUAG